GAGUUUACUCCACUGUGUGUGAUGUCGCUGUGUCAUUGUUUUGUUCAGAUGCUUGGAUUUUUGAAGUAUUUUGUGAUAUGUAUUACGGUUAGUUAGUAAAAUAAAGUUUGAUGGCUGAGCAAGAGGCAAAUUGCAUUUUCUGUAAGAUUAUUAGGAACGAAGCACCGGGUGAAAAAAUUUACGAGGAUAAUGAUGUUACAUGUAUUAAAGAUAUUAAUCCUGUAUCGACACAUCAUUAUUUAAUAAUACCAAACAGACAUAUACGAAAUGCAAAAGUACUUAAACCUGAAGAUUCAGAACUUUUUGAUAAAAUUAUUGCUACGGUAGACAUUAUAACAGACAAAUUGAGUCUUAAUCCUGCAUCUACACGAACAGGAUUUCACUGGCCACCGUUUAAUACAGUUCAUCAUUUACAUUUACAUGUUAUUUCGCCAGUAGAAGAAAUGAAUAUGAUAAGAAAAUUUAUGUUUAGUCCUAAUUCUUAUUGGUUUGUGAGUACAGACUAUGUCAAAUUACAUAUGGAAAAAAAUUGUAAAUGAUACCAAACUAAUAUUAACUUUAUACUUGUUUUAUCUUCUUGUUUUUAAUAACAAAAAGACAAAAUUUUGUGCAAUAUUUAUAAAUAAGAUAUAAGUGAGUAAAUUCUCUCUGUUCUUAUCUUUCUCUUUCUUUCUGUUUUAUAUAAAAUAAUAUUUGUUAAAACAAGAUUUGCCAACAAU